UUGCAAAUAAAACAGAAAAUAAACAAAACGGCGACAUUUUAGAGCGGUCCUCGUCAACUACGACAACAUUAGAGAUCGGUGGGAUCGUCGUCGUCGUACCCGUCAGACUCAAUGAAAAAAGAGAUUCCGCCGCACGUUGUUCAAAUCGAAAAAAAGCGACUCGCAAUAAAUCUGUCUUCCCUUUUUUUUUCUUAACCUGGAAGAAGAUUUAUCAAUCAGACACAACAGAGAAAACUGAUUUAUUCAUUUCAACAAAAAAAAAACAAAACUUUUAAAGUCUUCACCUUUAUAGAGAGAUUUUUAAUGGUGUGGUUGACGAAUCAACAGAUCGGGAGAUGGAAAAGGAAACGAAUUUUGGUUGUGGGAUCGUUCCUCUGUUGGUUAAUCAUCAUGUUCAUUACUCCCAAAGUUCCUCUCGAUUCCUUUCGUCAUCAUAUCUUCGCCGAUAAACGCAAUUUCAUGGGAGUGCCUAAUACAUUGAAUGUGAUGACCAACUUUCCCUUUCUUAUUAUUGGUGUUCUUGGUUUUGUUCUUUGCAUUGGAGGAAGCUUCUUCAACAUAAGUUUAAAAGGUGAGAUCUGGGGAUGGACACUGUUCUACGCAGGCAUUGCAAGCUUGGCCUUUGGUUCUGCCUUUUACCAUCUUAAACCUGAUGACAACAGAAUCGUCUGGGACACUUUGCCUAUAUUGAUUGCGUAUUCGUCGCUUUUCUCUAGUUUUUUGGUUGAGAGAGCGGGGGAGAUAGUGGGACUAAGUUGCCUCAUCGUGCUUCUAUUCAUAUCGUUGUUCAGCGUUGCUUACGCCAGAGUGUUUAAUGAUCUCCGGUUAUGCAUGACGUUCCAGUUGAUUCCAUGUCUGGCGAUUCCCGUCAUGACGGUUUUGUUACCUCCCAAAUAUUCUCACUCUAGAUUUUGGCUCUGGGCAACAGCGGCGUACACUAUUGCCAGGAUUGAGGGGCUUGCAGACAGCAAAAUAUACAAUGCAAAUCGAUAUAUCAUCAGUGGGCAUUCACUGGAGCAUUUGUGUUCAGCCGCGGCUACACUUUUACUUACCAUUAUGCUUUGUUGUAGAAGCAUUCGGUUAAAUAGAUUAGGUGAUCUCAAAGGCCAUCCUUGACAUUCAUUACUGACUCCUCAAGGCUUCUUUUGUAUUCAGAUGCUUAUGGAUUCUUGUAAUACAGAUUUUGUAGGGUUGUUAAAUAGAUUUUUGACCCAUGAUCCCACUAAAACAUUGUUGGUUCGGUGUAAUCUUGGUUUCUGGUUUUGAAACA